CGCGCGGCCGGGCGGCCCGGGGCGGCUUCCCCUCUUGAGCAGCAGGCAGCGGCGCGGGCGGCAGCCGGGACUGAGCGGCGUCUUCUCUGUUCCCAGUUAUUGCAAAGAAAAUGUUCUUCAGUCUGCUUUGUCUCUCAGUUGUGCUCUGCAGAAUCUACACAGCAGAUGGAAAUUCUAUGAGAGAGGCUAAAAUUUUUCCUCCGUCACCUGAAAUCGAAAGAGGGUCAACUUUAAAACUCUUUUGCACUCUGGGAAAACAUCUCAUUCCUCGCGGAAAUGCAAGUCAUAUCAUCUGGAAGUUGAAUCAUGAUUUGAUUCCACAGGAAUACUAUACCAUUAUUAAUGAGAGUACAUCUGGUGUAACCAUCCAUAACUUCACUUAUGAAAGUGCACAUGUGAGAUGCUUCACUAAGAUGCUUCAUUUGGGUGAUGAACAACUUCAGAUUCACAUCAAUGUUAAAUCUGGCUUUUCACCUGAGAAACCAAAAAAUAUUUCCUGCAUUUACUAUUAUGAUAUAAACAUUACUUGCAGCUGGAUUUCAGGAAGAGAAACACAUCUGAAUACAACAUAUACUCUUGUACGAAAACAUUAUGAUGAUGGUAUUCAACAAUGGAUCAAUAGAGACAGCUGCCAAAGCAACAAUGGAUCAUGUGCCUUCUUUUUCCCUGACAUUCCAUAUGCUAGAUAUUGUUUUCAGGUGACAGCAAAAAAUGCUUUGAGUAAUUCUACAACGGAAUGUGUUCCCAUGGAAAUGUUGGAAAUAGAGAAACUUGAGGCUCCUGACAUAAUUUCAGUUGAAAAAAUUGCUGGUAUAAAGCAGUUGCUAAACAUAACUUGGAAAAACCCUAUGGUAGCUCCUGAACGACGUUUAUGUUGCCUUAUUCAAUACAGAAAAAUGCAUUCAAACGAUUCGGGAAAUGUUACUGACUGCACAAACCGUACUGAGACCAUAAAAUCAUAUAAUCUAAUGGGCCUACAGGAUUUUACUGAGUAUGCUAUUGCCAUUCAAUGUAAAGGUGCAUUAGCAAAAUUCUGGAGUGAAUGGAGUGAAGAGAGAAUAGGAAGAACAGAAGAAAAAGCUCCUUCAAGAAAAGUAGAUUUGUGGAGAGUAAUUGAAUCUUCCCAGUCAUCUGGAAAUAGAUAUGUGCAUCUUAUGUGGAAGUUAUUGGAAGAAUUUCCAUCUUCUGAGAGUAUUCAUGGCUACAAAAUAUGGUAUAUUCCAGAAAACAAUGCAAGCCCCGCUGGGCCUACACACAAUACUACUGAUAAAAAGUUUACGCUUCUUUUACCCGGGGAAGCAUAUGUGUUAUCUGUUAUUGCCUAUAACUCGGCUGGAGAAUCUCCUGAGGCUACUUUGAGAAUUCCCACCAUUGGUGAAAUAACUUCCACGCAUAUAGAUUCGGUGUGGACCUUUACCUUAAGAAAAAAAAUGAUUGUGACAUGGGAAGCAUCAUCAGUAAAUGAAUAUGUUAUUGAAUGGUACAAGGAGUGGGAUACUGAGCCCUUUAAUAGAUCAUGGCAAUAUGUAUCAAAUACUACAAACUGGACAUCUCAAGAGGGAGCCUUUGAAUCAUUCAUAUGCUACAAUAUCUCAGUGUAUCCUCUCUUUGAGAAUAAAAUAGGAGCUCCAUAUUCUGUACAAGCUUAUUUUCAAGAAAAACCUCCCACUGUUGGUCCUGAAACUAAAGCAGACAAUCCAGGCAAAAAUGAGGCUAUAAUAAAAUGGAAUGAGAUUGAUAAAAUACACAAAAAUGGCUUUAUUAGAAACUAUACAAUAUUUUAUAAAUCUGAAGGUGGAAAAGAAUUAAAUAAAACUGUGAACCGUAAUGUUCUGCAGUACAAACUGAGCUCCCUGGAAGCAAACACCCAAUAUACUGCUUAUGUGAAUGCAGCCAACAGUGCUGGUGGAAAAAAUGGAAACACCGUAACUUUCAAAACUUCAAAAUUUAAUAAGGAAGACCUACUUUAUAUAUUUAUAUCACUUGGAUUAUGUAUGCUGUUCUUACUGUUGCUGGGAAUAAUAUGUACUCUAAAAAAACAAACAUUGAAAAGGGUUUGUUGGCCUGAUGUACCAAAUCCUGCAGAGAGCAUUGUGGUAGGGUCGGAGGAUGUAUUUAUGUGUAAUUCAUUGCUGAAGCAAGGACAGUCUGAGGAUGGAACAGUAGGCUCUGAAAACAUCAGUGUUUUGGAGCCAGGCAUGCCUCAUGAAAAUCAAACUGAAUUAUUACUAAUUAAACAUGAAAAUUAUGAGUCAGACCAUACAGAUACUUGUGCAAAGGAUGUGCCUAAUGAUCACAAAAAGGAAUUGUGUAAUAAAGAACAUGAAGUUGUAAAAUCGUUCUCACCAUCACUGCCAUACAUAGUUACUGAACAAGACUUCAGGAGUCAAAUGCUUUCAGCUGUGAAACCUAACAGGAAAAUUUACCCUGUAGAAAAAUUGGAAGAGGAUUUUUCCAAGCCCCAGUUCUCUCCUGUCCAAAAUUCAAGUUCCAAAGACAAUGAAAAUGAAGAUGGAGAAUGCACAGAUAUCAAAGAAGCUGCUACAUUCAACCCAUACCUGAAAAAUUCUGUUAAUACAAGGGAAUUUAUCGUUCCUGAAAACUUGCCAGACCGUAACAAGAAUGAAUCCAGAACUCAAUCAACAGCCCCUUUUCAAAAAAACACUGCAGGACAGUCAUAUGUGACACUGGAUAUGUUUGGGCUGACCAUAGCUCAUUAGUACAUUCUUGGACCUAGAAAUGUUAUUUUUGAAAGUCAUCAUGAGAUGAUGCUGUGCUGCCCAUCUGAUCUGCUUUCUCUUGGGAUUAUUGUCUUCUACACAUACAUGCAUUGAAACUCAGUUGGUAUCACUUAAUCUAGCCAAAGACUUCCAGUUUGUUUGAAUGACUAUGAAACAAUUUUUACACCUGAUUUUCUAGUCAGGCUUGAAAGGACAGUUUUCUUUAAGGCAUGGUCAUAAGAAAUUCAAACCAGUUGUGAGACAGUGCAGUCUUAUUUUUUUCCACUUAAUUCCUCUUAAUCUUCUCCUUUUGGCUUAUCAAAACUAUCUGAUCAAGCCAACCAGCUGUGUAAAUAAAACACUGAUUUCGCUCCAGACUGUUCCUUUCCAUGGCUGACCAAUGGGCAGUGUAUGCUUGCUCAACGAUUGAAAACACUUCCUUUCCUCUUAAAGCUAGAAGGAGUGGGGCUACUUUCCCUUUCUUCCUUCCCUCAAUUGUUUUAUUUUAAGUUUACCCGUAGUGUGCCUGCUGUUUGGUGGAGUAGCUUUGAUCUCUCCGUGUCGCAUCCUGAUACCUGAAUCAUCUAUUUUUUAAUAUUACUUUUCCUGUCUGUGUUCAAGGACUUCUGAUUUGUUGUCAUAGAUUUCAUCAGUUUGGGAGAAACAGGGGCCCAUUCCAGUUUCCUUUUUCUGUUUUAUUUUGUGUUUUACUCUGUUUAUCCCAUCUCCUUAUUUUCCACUCACUGGCACUUCAUUUAUUUCAUUGUACUUCUCACUCCUUUGUGCAUCUUUUUUUCCUGACCGUUCAGUUGCUUCUCCUUACUGCUGCAUUGAUGUGUGGGACUGAAAUGGCUUAGCUGAAUAUAGCACCUUACAUAGAAAAGAGCACUGAAUCUUUAUUUAAGGCUGUACCUCUCCUGUAACCAAUGGAAUAUGCUACAUAUACAUAAGUAUCUAAAGCUGCUCCUCAGUAUCUGAUGUAAGACUGAAGACCUUUGCAUUAAGCAUAGAAAUUCUUCCUGUUAAGAACCAGAAAGCAUAUUUGAAAAUCUAAGAAACCUUUUUUGAAUGUCAUCUCAGGAAAUAUCCAGGCAUCUAGGAAUUGGUUCUUGGCUCAAUUUUUAACCUAUUUAACUUUAACAGUGCUGGUAGCAUUGCUCCUAAUUUAUGUUGGUGUAAGUGAAAUCAGAAUCAGUUCCUUAGAGAAAUCUCUAAAUUAGAGGUUAAUACACUACUACUGCACAGUAGUGUAUUAACACAGUUUGUGCCUGGCAAGCUACUGUGCAGUGUUAUUAAGCUAUUGCGCAGCUAGCAUCUCAUGUAAAUGUGCCCAGUGAGUAACGUUGGAAGCUAAAGUUACAGGUGGUAAAGUCCCCCUCCUCUUAUUGGGGAGCCAGAAAAUAAACAGUGAGGUAUCUCACCACUAAUUAUUUUCAAGAUAACAUUUACAAUAUUUAAAAAUGUAUAAAGUUGUAUUGUUUGGGUACUGUACUUCAAGAAAGACGUGGAUCAAAUGGUAAGAGUCCAGAGGAGGGCAACAGAAAUGAUGAGAGGUCUGGAAAACAUGACCAGCAUGGAAAGAAGGUUAAAAGAACUGGGUUUAUUUAGUCUAGGGAAGAAAAGACUGAGGGGUGACAUGGUAACAGUCUAAGUGUGUACAAGGUUACUGUAAAAAGCAAACUGUUUUCCCUGUCCUCUGGGAAUAGGAAAAAAAAAAAUAUCCUAAAUUACAGCAGUGGUGAGUUAAGUUAGACGUAAGGGGGAAAAAAACUGUUACCUAUAAGGAUGAUUAAGCCCUGGAAGAUUAUGGUGUAUCCAUCUCCUGUGGUUUUAAAGAACAAAUUAAACAAACAACUGUCAGAAAUGGUUAUAACUGAUCCUACUGUGUGGAAAAGGAUAAGCUCUCAAAGGCCUUCCCAACCCUAUUGCUAUGAUUCUCUUCAAUUCUUAUCCUAAUAGAAUAAGAAACAUGUACUAUUUAAAGAUGACUAAUUGGCCUCCAGGGGCUGGUCAUGGGCUAUAAAGUGGUUAAUUCUGAAAUUAGUGAUUUGAAUAUAGCCCACAUAGGCAUCAACCAGAAGUUUUCAUGAUGCAAUAACAGUUGGGAAACAGAUGUAAACGAAUAUCUCUCUUGCUGUCUAUCAGCUUGCAUUAAUAGGCAUUCUUGGUUCAGGAACUGAAUGUGAAUGGAAAUUCAGCUCAAACCUUUUGAGGCUGCUUUUUUGAGUUUGUGAGUGGUCUUCACUGCCUGUCCAGCACAUUCAUUAGCAUUAGCAUUUACUACUUUAAAACAAUUCCAGCAAAGACCAAAUUGUCCUGAACAGGAGUUUCUUAAGUUUUUUCAUUAGGCCUCUUUACACAUUACACUUAAGGUGUGAUUAACUAGAUAAUUAUGCCUUAAGCUGUGACCCAGCUACACAUUCAACCAGUUAAUGGCAUGAUUCACACACAGAUAAAACAAGCAAUAAACUACAAAGUUAUUCUCCAAAAAAUAUUUAAUAACUUUUUAUAGCUUGUUCUAUUCAUGCAAUUAAUUGAAUAUGUGGCUGAAUGCUUCCCUGUGGCUGGGAGCCCCACUAACUGGGGGGCUCCCAGCCACAGGGGAGAACCACCCAAGUGCCAGCCCUGCAGCUGACAAGACUUGCAGUGGUGGCAGCAUUUCUUCUGUCAGCUGUGGGGCGUGCAGGGGGGAGAGCAUGGCUGCCCCUGUGAGCCUCCCUGGCUAUGGGGCUUGCAGUAGGGUCAGUGUCUUCAGCUGCAGGGCUCACAGCAGGGGCAGUGUGGAGAAUGCUGCUGGGAUCAUCAUGCAGUAUAGGGCUCACAGCGGGGGCAGUGUGGGGGAAUGCUGCCCCUACUGCAAGCCCCACAUGAAGAUUGCAAAGGCAUUCUUUUUGCUGCUGCUGUGAGCGCCGCACCAAUGUGGGUUAUAGGGUUCACUGUGGGGGCAGUGCAGGAAACACUGCCCCUGCUGUAAGCCACACUGAGCCCCAUCAACUGCAGGACUCACAGCCAUGGAAGAUGAUGCAGGGGGGACCUGGGAUUGUGAUGGCAUGGCUGGAGGCACGAUUGUGUAGUUUGCACAUUAGAUCCCAUUGCACUUUUACUGGCACAUGUAGAGGGACUCUGAGUGACCAUCUUCUCUAUCACUGGUGGUCAGAGAAUGUAUUUGUGGCAUCUACAACAGCUGUUUAUAUAGGAAUAUGCUAUUAGGAAAGCAUUCAAGUAACCAAGCUGAAGAAGAGCCAGAAACAUGAUCACCAGUGACUACUUCACAGGUCACCUUUAUUCCAAAGGCCAGCUGGAAAAAUUGGCCUAAAAUAUAGCAGUGGAAUAUUUAUUGAAUCCUGUGUGCACAAAUCCAUGUUCUGCAAGGAUUAAAAGAACAUCUAUCUAUGCAUGACAAAACCAAUGAUAUACAACCCUUUCAGUAUUGUCAGGUGCAUAUAAAAAAACCGUGGAAAUGAUGAUGUCACACACCUGUCAUGGGUAAUUCACUGUUUUAAUUUAAAAUGGAAUGAAUCUGUCUUGUAUCAGGUCUUUAACAGAAUAAAUAAUUCAGUAAGAA